AUGAGUUUUAUAGUUAAUAACGAAUCACAUAUAUAUAAUAAAACAUCAAAUUUUAAUCGUUUAAUUGAACGAAUUCGACAAUGUAUUCGCGAACGUGAAAUGGCUAAAGAACAACAACAACAACAACAGUGUAUAAAAAUUUCUUCAAUUCUUCAUUAUAUUGAACAUAUAAAACGAUGUAUUUAUGAAAAUCCAUUAAUUGGUCGAGUACUUUUUCAAUUUUAUAAUACAAUAAAACAUUUUCCUUCACAAAAUAAUCGAUUUCCUUCGACAUUUAUAUUCGAUAAUAAUGAAUCAAAAAUGAAUUUAGACGAUAAAACUUCCAUUAAUAAUUUAUCUACAGUUAGUAGUCUAAUUGAAACAAAAUCAGAUCUAUCAAAAAAAAAUUUAACAAUUUCACAAUCAACGGAAUUAAAUAAUUUACAAACAAUAAAAUCUACUACUCAUUUUAUUCAACCAUUUCGAAUAUCUCGUCAAAUUGGUGGUUUAAUGACAAAAGCAACAUUAUCAGCAAUUACUAAGGCACCACGCCAACGUACUACACAUGAUAUUGAAGUUCUAGAACAUCUAUUGAACCGUUGUGAAAGUCUUCGUCAUUUACCUACGAAUGUUCGUCGUUAUGCUGCUCGUUCACUUUUACUUUUUACUUAUCAACCAAAUACAAUCCUCACUCGGCAAAAUUUUCCUUCAUUUCUUGUUUAUAUAAUUGUUUAUGUAUUUGGUCAUCGAUUAAAUAUUGGUGAUGUAUAUGGAGAUGAUUCUCUUCAAUUAACAAAUUAUUAUCAUAUAAAUGGUUUAAUAACAAAUGAAAUAAAUUAUUGUAAUUUAAUAGGAUUUUUUUCAAGAGAUAUUAGAGCUUAUGAAAAUUAUUUAUCUGAUAUAAUGAAAAAAUCAUUACUUGAACAAUUUCGAAUACAAUCAAUAUUUAGUAGUAUUCAAUGGCGAAAUGAUAUUUUGAAUUAUAUUUUAAAAUGGUCUAGUUAUAAACAAUAUUCAAUUGAUGAAAUUAUUUAUGGAAAUGAAGAAUAUGAACAUGAAAAUUUAUAUUUUAUUUUACAUGGUCAAAUUUCUUUUGUACGUCUACUUGAUUUUCCAUCCAUUAUAAUUAAACAUCCAGAAUACAGUCAAUAUUAUCAGAAAUUAAAUAAUAAAAAGAAUAAUAAAGCAAAAAUUAAACAGAUAAAUACAACAGGUAUCAAUCAAUAUCAUCCAAGUAAUGAUAACGAUUCAAUAUUGAGUUCAUUAAAUGAUUCCAUGAAUAUUAGUAAUUGUUCUUCAUUAACAGCUUUAAAUCUUUCAGUAAUCAUAUCAAAUUCAAAUUUAGAAAAUAAAUCAAAUCUUCAACAAAAUUCAAAACUAAAAACUACAUGGCGUUUUCUUGAAAUAUUUAUUCUUUCAAAUGGACAUUAUUUUGGAUUUGAAUCAACAACAAUUCAUUCAUGGUAUCUUACUCGUAGUAUAGUCGAUAUUAUUUCAAUUCCAAAAAAUCGUUUUAAAGAACUUGGUUCUUUUGCUCCAAUGAUAUUUGAAAAACUUCGUGAAGAUUUUCUUGAUAUAUUUCCAAAUGAAAUUUUUAUACGUAAUUCAUAUAUAAAAUAUCUUCAAACAAAUAAAUUAAAUGAAAAUGAAAUUUCAAUAAUCAAAUUUAUAUAA